AUCCAAAUUUAAUCACUCGCACCUUGCGCCACACGGAUCACCGACCCUUUCCACUUCCCACUUCCCACAGGCGGAUUAUCUCUCAACUAAAUCCAAUCCAACCUCGCAGAGGCAGAGCAGCAAUGGCGGCCAUAAGCUCUGUUGUAGGAACUGGAAGCGUGCCCCAAAUCCAAAAUCGUAGUGGCCUUGCCCCUUUCACCCCUUUACAUAUUUCCUUAUUUUCUCCAACCAGGAACUUGACACACCCAGAAGACCACAGAAAUAUCUGGAUAUCUAAAUAGCAAGCUAACCAACUUCAAGAUAUCAACCUCACAUCAGACAGAGGGAGAGUGAUCAUCGAUCGAUCCGUCGAUCGCCAUGGGAAAUUGUUAUGCAGCUCCUGUGAAUAACCAUAGCUCGUCUACCCGAGCAACAUCUAGAAACAAUAGCAAGCAAAAUGGAUUGGCAGGAAUCAAAAAGGCUGCUGGGAAUAGUAGUGGCAAAACAAGUAGCGGAAUAACCCCAAAAAAUGCUAGCAAGGCAAUAGGCAAAGGCAACAGCAAUAAUAAUAUUGAAGAAAGUGCAGCUCCUGAUGCAGCAGCUCCAAGUGAAAGUGUGGAAACUAAAGUACCAAAGUCGAAAGAGUUUAGUUUAGCAGAGCUGAAGAAGUGCACUCGACGUUUCAGACCAGACAUAAUAGUGGGUGUGGGAGGUUCCGGUAGGGUUUUCAAGGGAUGGGUAAACAAGGACACCUAUGCUCUGUCCCGGUUCGGCAUUGGCAUGGCCGUUGCCGUCAAGAAGUCCAACCCCGAUAGCUAUCGAGGCCUCCAAGAAUGGCAGGCAAAAGGUGAAGAACCACUGCGAUGGGAAUUAAGACUUAAGAUAGCAAUUGGAGCUGCACGAGGUCUUGCUUUUUUGCACACCUCAGAAAAAGUCAUCUACCAUGACUUUAAGACCUCCGACAUUUUGCUGGAUUCGGCCCAAUAAAUGGCAACUCCCAUGUAACCACAAGCGUCAUAGGCUCUUAUAGAUAUGUAGCUCCGGAAUAUG